AUGGUACCACUGUACAAACCUCAGCAAUCUACCCUAACUUACAUUAUAUCGAUCUUAGACAGCAAAUUCUUAACCCUUAAACAACUCCAUCAAAUCAGCACUCAGAUCCUCACAAAUGGUCAUCUCGUUUCCACUUCCCUCAUCACCACCUUCUUACAUUCCUGCUAUCGUUCUCGUAACCCGACUUACGCUUUACGGUUCCUAUAUAGCUUACCGGCAUCGAUUUCGACAGCAUCGUUCUGGGGUUCCAUGAUUAAAACGUCUCUAGAAUCUAAUAACUUGCUGGAUUUUUUUACUUGUUAUAGUGCGAUGAUGCGAUGUCGUAGUUGCAAUGCAAACAGUCCCAACGUUGGCAUGUUUGCUUCGGUUUUACAAUAUUGUGCGAAAUUUGAUGAUGCCCAAUUGGGGAGAUUGUUUCAUUGUGUUGUAGUUAAGUGGGGUUUCGAUUCAGAUGUGGUUUUGCAAACUGGGUUGCUUGAUUUCUAUGCAAAGACUGGAGAUUUGAGCUGUGCAGAGAAGGUGUUCGAAGAAAUGUCACAGAAAGAUGUGGUUGCUUGUAAUGUCAUGAUAUCAGUACUUGGGAAGCAUGGACGUGUGGAGGAUGCUCAGGUUUUGUUUGAUAGUAUGUCGGAAAAGGAUUCCUAUAGUUGGAACUCAAUGAUAUCUUGCUAUUUGAAGAUAGGUGAUAUCAACUCUGCGCGGCUUAUCUUUGAUAGAAAUCCUGUAAAAAAUGUGAUGACGUGGAAGGUGAUGAUUGAUGGGUAUAGUAAAUCGGGUUAUUUAAGGAAUGCUGAUAACUUGAGAGAUAUUCUAACUCUUUAUAAUGAAAUGCGGUGUAGCGAUGUGUGUCCCAGUCAAAAUAUACUUUCUCUGAUUCUUCAAUGUUGUGCCAGUUUUUGUGUCACACCACUAGGGAAAACACUUCAUUGCCAGAUAUUCAAGUCAAAUUUUAACUACGAUGUGGUUUUGCAAACAGGACUGCUAGACUUUUAUGCAAAGGUCGGAGAUUUGAGCUCCGCAAAGAGGGUGUUUGAUGAAAUGUCCCAUAGGGAUGUUGUGGCUAAUAAUGCAAUGAUUUCAGCACUUAGCAAGCAUGGGUUUGUCAAAGAUGCACAGAAUCUGUUUGACAGUAUGCAGGAUAAGAAUUCAGUUACUUGGAAUUCCAUGAUCACUUGUUAUUACAAGAUAGGAGACAUUGACUCAGCUCGCCUCAUCUUUGAUUGCAAUCCCAUCAAAGAUGUUGUCUCUUGGAAUGCAAUGAUAGAUGCUUACUGCAAAGUUGGCAAUCUUAGUUGUGCUGAAGAAUUGUUUGAUAGAGUUGGUGAAGUGAAAAAUUCCAUUACAUGGAACACUAUGAUUGCUGGAUUUGUUCAGUGUAAGGAGUUCCGGAGAGCAUUACGUUCGUUUGAGCAUAUGCAGACUGAGAGGGUGAAACCAACCGAGGUAACCAUGGUUAGCCUGCUAUCUGCAUGUGCUCAUCUUGGAGCCUUAGAUAUGGGUGAAUGGAUUCAUGGUUACAUCAAUAAGAACAAACUUAGGAUUGAUGCUGUUUUAGGAAAUGCUCUUAUCGACAUGUACAGCAAGUGUGGAAGUAUAGCAGCCGCUUUAGAUGUUUUUCACAAGCUUCACGUCAAGAACAUAUACUGCUGGAAUUCGGUAAUUGUAGGAUUAGCAAUGCAUGGUUAUGGUAAUGAAGCAAUCGAUUAUUUCCUUUCUAUGGAGAAGGAAGGGAUAAAUCCUGAUGGGGUCACUUUUGUUGGUCUUCUGUGUGCUUGUUGCCACUCAGGAUUGAUCUCUGCAGGAAGAAAUUAUUUUUCUCAAAUGCAAAGCGUUUAUGGUGUGGAACCAGGGAUUGAACACUUUGGAUGUAUGGUUGACCUUUUAGGUCGAUCUGGUUUACUUGUAGAAGCACUAGAACUCAUAACUAUCAUGCCAUUGAAGCCAAAUGCAGUAGUGUGGGGAAGUUUGCUCCGAUCCUGUCAUUUACAUAAGGAUCCUGAACUUGGAGAGCAGGUUACUCAACGGUUGCUGGAGUUGGAUCCAAAGGAUGGAGGGAAUUAUGUUUUCUUAUCCAAUUUAUAUGCAUCAUUAAGUCGAUGGAAGGAUGUGGACAGAUGCCGGAAGUUAAUGAUAGAGAGUGGGGUUCAGAAGGUACCCGGUUGCAGUUCGAUUGAGUUGGACAAUGCAGUACAUGAAUUCGUGGCAGGAGAUAGUUCGCAUCCCCAAUUCCCACAAAUUAAUGUGUUUUUGGUCGAUAUUGCAAAGAAACUAAAAGACCAAGGUUAUGAGCCAGAUACAGGUUCUGUGCUCCAUGAUAUAUAUGAUGAGGAAAAAGAGACGUCGGUUAGCUAUCAUAGUGAGAGGAUUGCAGUUGCUUUUGGACUCAUGAGCACCCCUCCUGGAAAGCAAAUACGAGUGAUCAAGAACCUGAGAACUUGCAAUGAUUGUCAUACUGCUAUAAAGUUUAUAUCGAAGAUAUAUAAGCGGGAUAUAAUUAUGAGGGACCGUAAUCGCUUUCACCAUUUCAGGAAUGGGCUUUGUUCAUGCAAGGAUUAUUGGUGACUGAUGUAUACAGCAUCUUGGUAAGUCUACAGUUUUGUUAUAUCUGAAGCCUUCCUUAUAAUGUUGCGUCAAAUUUCAUGCCACUUCACAAAAGCUGAUUGUUUUCCCCUAAACUUGGAUACAAAUUAGAUAGACACAUAUAAUACAAUUA